GUUUAUAUGUAUCGGAGAUACUAGGUACUAUAAAAACUCGUACUUCAAACUGUGUACGAUAUUAGUUCUAAAAGGUUGUAAGAGUGUAACUGCAAAAAAUUUUUGCAAUGUCAAUUGUCCUACAAUAUGUCGUCACUUUGUUGGCGGUAACUUGUUGGUGCAGUGCAAUCAUACCUGAUGGUCUAACAAGUCUAGAUACCCCCGAUAAUUCUUCAAUGCGUGCAUGUAUUAGCAAGCCCUAUGGCUACAAGGUUCCCGAUUUAAAUGAUUGUGUUGGAUACCUCCUAUGUCAUGGUGAAAUGGUCAUACAACAGUACUGCCCACCUGGCCAGCGCUUCAAUACUACUUUACAGAAUUGUCAGAAUGGAAAGUGCCCGCCGUGUAAUUGCGACAAUGGUGGUGGCGAUGGCGGGGCGGGAAUUGAUUGCAGUACAGCUCCGAAUGGCGCUCGUUUUGGGGACAGCCAACAUUGCCGAGUUUUCUGGCAAUGCGUGGAAGGACAAGCCUUGCAGCUCUUCUGCGAAAUUGGCAUGUGGUACGAUCGCGAUCGAUAUGUGUGCAAUUUCAAGGCAUUGGUAACCAACUGUCCGGCCAAUGAAGAUUAAUAAAUUUAACGAAUAAAAAUAUUAAAAACGGUUAAA